CGUGGUUCUCCGCGCUUCUUGCCAAAUGUGACUCAGAUACAAUAUAAAACUUCGAUCUUAACUCAACAUCGCGCAUUUUAUAUCGAGCCUCCGUACAUUGAAGUGUUAGUGAGUUCCAAUGUUUAUAAACGGUGUCGAAGUUAUUAACUCGCGAUUGGAAAACAUUACGCUAAAUCACCUGGAACAAAACGAAAUGCAUCCUAAUUCAGAAAAACCGCCAAGCCCGAAAGCGAAGUUGCCUCUGCUUCACCUAACACCUUCCGGCAGCAAUGAAAGAAAGGAAGGAACGCCACCCCAGAAGAUAGACAACCCAUGGCUACUGAGAGUCCAGGACAAUAUCCCGAACACACCACCACCGCGAACUGAGAAACCGAGCAACUUUUUCCCUCACAGAAUUGGAUAAAAACAUGCGAAAUUAUUUUUAUGAUGGUUGAAGUUAAUGGCAUAAUGGCACGCUGCCAUACCGAAGAGCGAAUUUUUAAAUGAGUCAAAUAAAAAUAUAUCAUUACGUUAAUAAAUGUGUACACGUAAACGUAAGACGUAUCAAGGAAGCUUUUGCCAAACAGUGAAAUGGUGGAUAGAAUAUAAUGGGGAAUUAUUAUUGUUUUCGUUGCAACGUUUUGUUACGCGAGCUGAAUGGAGAGUUUAACGAUUCAUGCAACUGAAAACCCUUUUGUUUGUAUUUCAAUAUUAGCUAUAUAGCUAUCUAGUGUUCAAAUUUAGGGAAGUAGGAAGUCAGCUUAAUAUUUAUUAUUGUAAAUAAUUUUUCAUAUGUAUUUUGUUUUGGGUUUAGACAAGUAAGUCAUUAAUAGGAAACAAUUGUGAUAAUUAAAGCAAUAAUUAAUAAUAUAAAAUAAUGGAAUCUCUGAAUAAAUCAAUAAGUA